AUCAGCUUGUCGCCACAGGCAGGUGAAGGUGGAUGGACAGCACCACACAGCUCGGGCCCUGAAUGAAUUUUAUUUGCAUUAUGAUGUUGUCACUGUACACACCCACUUGCAGCAGGUGGUGUGCUCUGAGGCUGCCGCUGUGAGGCAUAUUUCACUAAAAAUGCCGUGUGCUGCAGAGAAAAGGAAACUCAAGACUGGUGUGAAUCUGAUAUGACGCGGCUGCAAGUCAGGAGUUUGCUCAGGUAGAGUACGGCUCUCUGCAGGUGAGCAGGCUAAAGAACUCAGAAUCACCUUGGUCGUCUGACGAUAAACUUCCCAUCAGGAGAUAACUGGAGACAAGAGAACAAUGAACUGGGGAUUUUUGGAGAAGAUUCUCAGUGGGGUUAACAAGCACUCCACCUGCAUUGGUCGGAUGUGGCUCACUGUGGUCUUUCUGUUCAGGAUCCUGGUUUAUGUGGCUGCAGCUGAGCAGGUCUGGAAGGAUGAGCAGAAGGAUUUUGUAUGUAACACCCAGCAGCCUGGUUGUGAGAAUGCCUGCUUCGACUUCUUCUUCCCCAUCUCUCAGAUUCGCCUUUGGGCUCUGCAGCUCAUCAUGGUAUCUACACCCUCCCUGCUGGUGGCCCUACAUGUUGCUUACAGAGAGCGUAGGGAGGCCAAGCACAAGAAAAAGCUCUAUGAGGACAAAGGCAGCAUUGAUGGGGGUCUUUUUUGCACUUAUAUCCUUAGCCUGUUCUUUAAGACGGGCUUUGAAGUGGGCUUCUUGCUGGCUUUUUACUUCUUGUACAAUGGCUUUGGGGUGCCAAUACUGCUGCAGUGCAGUCAGGAACCCUGUCCUAACACUGUGGACUGCUAUAUAUCCAAAUCUACAGAGAAGAAGAUCUUCCUCUUCAUCAUGGGCUGUACUUCCAUUCUGUGCAUAGUUCUCAACUUUGUAGAGCUCAUCUACAUUAUGUGGAAGUGGCUGUGGAAACAUUGCACCAUGCGCUAUGUAGAGCGGAGGAUUUUAAGAAGCAGCGAGCUGCAUGUUGCAACUGCCAACAGAUUUACAUCAGCUGAGCACUUUGAAAAAAUACGACCUGCAGCUGAUGAGGUUGAAAAACCUGUCCGUCCAGUUGCUCAGUGCCCGGAACAACAGCAAGUCCCUGGUUCCAAAGAAGAAUCUUUAAAUCUCUUUAAUCCUUAGAAGUAAUUAAAAGACAUGUGGACAUUUAUGUAUUUUAAAAUUUAUCUUAGAACUUUAUAACAUUCUUUUUUUUCCUUCUAUUUCAUAGAGAUGGGAGUAUGUAACGCAAUAUGUUAUCUGCCUCUUACAGAUAAUAUUGUUUAUGUUUUAAAUAUUUUCCGUCACAGACAUUUGUUUUUCUUCCAGUUUGUAUAUAUGACGUUAUCUUGAUCAGUAUUUUCUGUAAUCCCUCUUUGUGCUUUUCUGGGGACAUUUUACAGACACUUCCAGAGUUCUCUAUAUUUCUUCCAAUAAUAUGUGUAACAUCUAGUCUAUUCUUAAAUUCUUGGCUCUUGUACAGGAUAACAAUAUUUCAGAUGAGCUUGUGGACUGUCGCACUGAUGUUAAAUGCUAGUUUUCUAGCAGCUUCAUAAAGCUGAAUAAGGACCAGUUGAAAACCAGAUAAACAAUAACUUUAAAAACAUACCGUAUCACUUUUUCUAAUUCAGAGCUGGAUAAAAAUUU